AUGGAUUUUAUCGUUUCUGGGUCCAGAACCUUGGAUGACGAACAGUAUUUGAUUUGGCAAAGGAUAAUACAAGGGAUAGAACGCAAUAUGAAAUAUCUACCUCGGAAACCAAGCAUUUAUUUGCAUUCCUCUUCAAGGCUAGAGUUGGAAGCAACAAGCAAAAUGGGGCUGUCAACAGUUGUAAGGGCAAGCAUGGGAUCGGUUUGUGUUUGUGUUGGAAUAAACAUGGUAAAGCCUCUCAGCCGUCAGUGCCGUUUCCCCCCAACCUCUGUUUCUCCUCUCUUCCCAUGUUUUCAGAAAAAGUUCGAUUUGAAUCUUCGAAAAUCAACUCAAGAUGCUGCAGACUCAAAAAUAUCAUGUAGUUUACUGAAUGUGGAAGAUGGGAUAGAUGAUGAAGCAUGUGAAUUAGUCAAUGGAGUGGAGCUUUCACUUGGGGAGGGUGAUGAUAAUAUCCGUGCUUAUCUGUUCAAGGCAGUAAAAAAUAACAAUGGAACAGGUCUAUUGCUUCUUUCAGAUGUUUUCGGGUUUGAGGAUUCUUUCACUAGAGAUUUUGCAUAUCGGGUAGCUUGCAAUGGUUACAACAUUCUAGUUCCAGACUUAUUUCGUGGAAAUCCAUGGACAAAGGAGCAGCCAGAUGUGUUUGAAAAGUGGAUUACUAGACAAAACCUAGAGAGGAUAGCAGAAGACAUUAGCAGAUGGACAAAAUGGCUGGUUGAUGAAUUUAUGGCUGCAGGGAUUUCCAAGAAACUUGGCAUUAUUGGCUUCUGCUUUGGAGGUGGCCAAGUGUUAAAGGUGCUGGCCCAAGAUCAAGGUUCUUGUUUUGGCACUGGAAUCUCCUUUUAUGGUACAAGGAUGGCUCACCUUGCUGCUUCUGAUAUAAAGGCUCCUGUCUUAUUUAUUUUAGGAGAUAAUGACCCACUUUGCGUGGUAAGUGAAAUAGAGAAUAUUCAGAAAAAAAUUUGCGGGGGUUCCAAAGUAGUGGUGUUCCCAGGUAGAGGUCACGGAUUUGCUCACCGCCCUGGAUCUCCUGAAGAAGAUGUGGAUGCCGAACAAGCUUACGUGAUUAUGAGAGACUGGCUAUAUGAUCAUUUGAUUAUAUAA